GUCCUAAAAAUGUCAGCCAGACACAUAGUUAUUGACUUUGAGUCUUACCUACAGCAUGACCCAGGAGAAGAAGGAAAGGUUAUGGAAGGGGUUGAAGGGAUUGAGGAAAUUUGGAGUAAGGUUGAAGAGAAAGAAGUGAUUGUGAGCCUUUAUUACCCAGUAUUGUGCAAAGAAAUUGAACAAUUCCAGAUACUAUUGACCAAGAAAAACAAGUCUAAAGAAAAUACAGAGAAAAAUCAAGAAUCCAAAGCUAAUAUUGUAGUCGGUCUCCAAUGAUUAUUCUUUGAAUUAGGAUUCCAUUCUUCUGCUGGGCAUGAAGUCGUAGUCUACUCAAACAAUCCAAAUUUGUUCUAUAAGCGAUUCGUUGACAUGCUCAAGCAGAAAUAUGGGAGCAAUAAGAAUAUUCCCAUUAAGCACAAAAGGAUGGAAAGACUAGAUAAAGACUUAAAAUUAAUGAAACCUGUUACAAAAUUGGCAAAUAUUGAAGAAUCAAAGAUUGAUCCAAGAUUAAUGAAACACAAUAAAGAGAGAACUUAUCAAAUCAACGUAAAAGAAGAAAAUAAAGAUAUUCAAACAGGCAUCUCAGGAUCUCAAACAGAAACUGGUCUAUCAACUACAUCAGGAUCAACUGCAUACUCUGAAAUAGAUAAAGAAAUGGAGGAGCUUAACAAUAAAUUCAUCAAUGACAAGGACUAUAAAAAUUCACUUGCUGUACUAUUAGAGAAAAUCCCUAACUACUUUAAUCAGACAGGAGAUAAUAACGUGAUCAAAUUCAUGAAUGGACUUGAAAAUCUCGUUGCCCAACACCUCAAUAAAUUCCAAAAAACAUUAAAGACCGACCUUUCAGUUUCUCAAAGAAAUAAAUAUUUCCUUUAUGUGAGAAAUUUCCUUUGCAAGAAAGAAAUCAUCAAAUGCGGGAUUCUGAAUCUAUGGGUAUACACACAUUAUGGAGACACAGAAGAAAAGAUGAAAGAUUCCUACACAGUAAAAAUAGACUUUGACAAGGUUGAUAAAGCUUUGGCUGACUUUACACAGAUUAAAUCAAAGUUCUCAUUCAAGGGAUAUGAGCUGGUAGAUAAAAUUAGCAUCUAUGGGUCAAUAUGCUACGCAGCUGCUAAAAAUUUGAUAAAAAAUAUUCUUACAAGCUCUGAUAAGCCAAUUAGUUCAGUUACAAGUCUGACUCAAACCAUUUACCAUGUUUUGAAAUGCCUUUAUAACUCCAAGACAGUGCCCAAAGAGCAGAAGUUUGUUAUAAAGAAGGAUAAGAGAGUUAAGUACAUGAUCAGUGAAAUAUUAAAAUAUCACAAAAUCUGGGAAGCAAAGAAGGAUGGAUCUAUAAUAAUUAGCAAGGAAAAGUGUGAAGUCCUACUUAAUAAAUUGGAGACUUGUGUUCCUCAAAGUAUGAUAAAUAGUUUGAUUGGAGACAUCGAGAGAAUUAUUGAGGAAUAAA